AUGCUCUUCGCCUUCGCCGAGAGCUGGCUGAGUGCGCGGGUUGUGUCGGCGGCGCCGUGCAGCCCGUCCACCCAACUCUCUGACUGCGGCCCGAUCCACAUUUGCGCGCCGUGGCCGAAGGGAACUGACGGCAACAUAUGCCGGCCGUGCGUGGACGACUCCGAGUGCGAGGGUGGGCCCGAGAUGGAGUGCCACAUUGACGUGGCACACGAGUGGGCGUUCGCGACCAGUCACGGCCUCCCGCCUCUCUCCGAGGCGGUGUGCGCCCACAAGUCUCUCCUCCCUCUCGACCUGCACGACACCGUCGGGUUCUCGCUCACGAUCGUCGCCUCCGCGCUCGCGUCCGGCUCCGGCAUUGGCGGCGGAGGGCUGCUCAUCCCGCUCUUGAUCCUCGUCUUUGGCUUCCCCGAGCGCCGGGCGACGCCCCUCUCCAACGUCGUCAUCCUCGGCGGCGCGGUCGCCAACCUCGGCUUCAACCUCUGCAAGCCGCAUCCGAGCCGUCGCAAGCCGCUCAUCGCGUUCGAGGUGGCGCUCAUGAUGGAGCCGAUGACGAUGCUCGGCGCUCUCGUCGGCACCACCCUCAACAAGAUCUUCCCGAGCUGGCUGACGACGUUGAUGCUCGUGCUGCUGCUCAGCUUCACCGCGUUGCGCACCUGGGCAAAGGGGAGGGAGCGGUGGGACAAGGAGCGGGCGAGGCUGCGCUGUGCCGCCGACGAGAGCCAGCAGUCGGGCCUCCUGGCCGCCGAGCAGCCCUCUGCGGCGAGCGAGCGCAGCUCCGUCCUCAACCUCGCCGGCGCUGCAGCCGCAGGCGCGGACCUCCGCACCGCCUCGCUGGACGAGGAGGAGGCGGAGGCAGCCGCGCGGCGCCGCUCCGGCCAGCUCGAGGCGCUGAUGCGCGCGGAGCGGCGGCUGCGCCACUACGCGCGCGACGUGUUUCCCCUGCUCGUGCUGCUGGUCGCCUGCUUCGCCCUCUCGCUGCUGCGCGGCACGUCGCGCUCGCACUCGCUGCUCGACGUGAGCUGCGGCUCGCCCGCCUACCUCGCGCUCUGGGCCGCGCAGCUGCUGCUCCUCGUCGCCGCCUCGCUCGCGAUCCGCGCGGCGCUCAUGCGGCGGCACGCCCGCCGGCGCGAGAUCGGCUACCCGUUCCUGCCGGACGACGUCGAGUGGACUGUCUCUAACACGACCCUCUACCCGCUGCUCUGCGUGGGGGCAGGGCUCUGCGCCGGCGCGCCUCCCGCCAGGCGGCGGGCCGUUCGCGCCGCGUCCAUGACAUGUCCGACCGCCGAGUCGUCCGUAGGCAUGUUUGGCAUCGGAGGCGGGAUCGUCAAGGGGCCGCUGAUGCUCGAGAUGGGGAUGCUGCCCGCCGUCUCGAGCGCGACCGCCUCCUUCAUGAUCCUCUUCACCUCGGCGACCGCCGCGCUCAACUUUGCCCUCUUCGGCGCCCUCGACCCGCAGUACGCCGGCGUCCUCUUUUGCGCCGGGUUGGCUGGCACGUGCGCCGGCCAGCUCGGGCUCGACUGGCUGCUCCGCCGGCUGGGCGCGUCCCAGAGCCUCAUCGUGCUGCUCAUCGCGGUGGUGAUUGGCCUCUCCGCCGCCAUGAUGGGCGUGGUCGGCACGAUUGCCGUCGUCGAGGAGGUGCGGCACGGGGUGCCGCAGGGCUUCCACUCGAUCUGCGCCACCGAGGCGAGCGGCGGCGACCGCUACAUUGAGUGA